AUGGCUCGCUAUCCAGAGAUGAAGUGGGACCCUCAGUGUGGUCUCGCUGAAGAAUUCACGUUAUUUCAACAGCGAAUGGAACUUUGCCUUCUCGAUAAUGAGAUAACUGAUACUACAAAACAGGCAACAAAAAUAAAGAUAGCUCUUGGGAACGAAGGGUUACGCAGGAUAAACGCCUCUAGCCUCAGUGUAGAGGAUCAGAAGGACCCAGGCAAGCUAUGGGCCCUAAUCGAAGGCCAACUGAAUGUCAAAGUGAACUUCAGGAUUCAUCGGCUCGAAUUAAUGCGAUACAAGCAGAUGUCUGGAGAAACGAUCGACGAGUUCGUCAAUAGAUGUCGGAGUAAGGCAAAGGAAUGCAAAUUCACCGAGGGGGAAUUGAGUGAAAGACUCAUAGAGCUGGUGAUUUCGUCUACACAACUCGAGUCAUUUCAGAAAGACCUACUCGACAAAGAAAAGGGGUUCUCAAUUGAUAAGCUUCUUGAAGAAGGCCGCAAAUAUGAGGCCAUUCAAGUCGGUAAACAGUGCCUGCAGACGCUCCACACCAUUGGAAGUGGGAACAUUGAUGCUGUUAGUCACGACAGUAGGCAGAAAUGCAGGAACUGUGGUCUUUCACACCUUCCAAAGAGGUGUCCAGCCUUCGCGGACCUGUGCAAUUCGUGUGGCGUCAAAGGACACUGGGCGAAGAUGUGUCGAAAGACGAAAGAACAGGUCAAACCGAAGAUCCCUCCUAGACGUCCACCAUCACAAGACAGGUGGAGCUCACAGCAGAGACAGCCCAGAAACAGGCAGUAUAGGCCUACAUCCUUUCAUAGCAGGAACCAGCGUAAGGUUGACGAAAUUGGACCGGACGACACAAACCAACCGGACAGUGGGGAACGUGAAUUCCACAUGAUACAUAUAUCGCUAAACUCUAUUGACUCGGAGGAGACCGAAGCAUAUGCGAGUAUCAACAUCAUAUGUCCAGACCUGAGGGGUCAUCAUCGCCUCAAUGCAAAGGUUGACACAGGAGCCAGCGGUAAUGUUCUGCCACUGCGGACGCUGAAGGACAUGUACAGGGCUCGAUGGAAAGAUGUUAUCCGUCCCACUACUACGCGACUAUCUGCCUACGGAGAAACGCCUUUACGCUGCUUAGGCACCUUGAUGAUGUCGAUGAUGUAUGAAGGGUCGCCUUGGGUCGUAGACCAAACAUGGUAUGUUGCGGACGUAAAGGGACCAGUCAUUGUCGGACUUCCUACUUCCAGAAAGCUAGGGAUUGUUACGAUUCACACAGUUGAACAACAGAUGGGCCUGGACAGUCCAAAUGAUCUUCCUCCCAUCAGGUCAGCUAAAGACCUACAGGCGGCUUACCCAGACCAGUUUGACCAGAUUGGGAACUUCAGUGGCAAGGCAACGUUGCACUUGAAGAAGGAUGCAACUCCAUCAAUUGAUGCGCCUCGAAAAUGCAGCAUCCACCUGAGGGACAAGCUCAAGAAAGAGCUGGAUCAGAUGGAAAGUAACGGCAUCAUUAGGAAAGUUACUCAUCACACAGAUUGGUGCAGUUCCCUCACCACAGCCCUGAAGAAGGAUGGGUCAUUGCGAGUCUGCCUUGACCCCAAAAGGCUCAAUCAAAACCUGAAAAGAUGCCCUCACAAGAUUCCAACUCUAGAGGAGCUCAAUCCUGCAUUCUCACAGGCCAAGUACUUCUCGAAAUUGGACGCAAAGGCAGGAUAUUGGUCAGUCCACCUGGACGAAGAAUCGCAGGAGCUUACUACAUUCAGAUCACCAUUUGGAAGGUAUUGCUUUCGCAGACUUCCAUUUGGACUUUCGGUGAGUCAAGACAUCUUUCAACAAAGGAUGGACACAAUCCUUGCACAGGCGCCAGGCUGUGAAGGUAUAGCUGACGACAUAGCUGUAUUUGGCAAGACUGAACAGGAGCAUGAUGAUAAUCUCUGGAGACUGAUGGGAGUUGCACAAAAAGAAGGUCUGGUGUUCAACAGUACAAAGUGUGUGAUCAAGGCGAGAAGCAUCAAUUUCUUUGGUUCACUGUACACAGACAAAGGCAUACAACCAGAUCCUAGCAAGUUGGAGGAUGUCAGAGAAAUGCCUACACCACAGAACAAGGACGAUCUCCAGCGAGUGUUAGGGAUGAUGACCUAUUUAUCACCAUACAUCUCAAACUAUGCUGAAAAGUCAGCAAUACUGCGUGAUCUUCUGAGGAAAGAUGUUCCCUUUACCUGGCAGGAGGACCAUGAGGAAUGCUUUCAACGAUUGAAAUCAGACAUUUCAGAAGGAAAGUGUCUACGGUACUAUAACCCCAGUGUCCCAACAGUACUAGAGGUAGAUGCAUCGCUCAAAGGACUUGGAGCCUGCCUCCUUCAGAAUGAAAGACCAGUCGCAUUCGCCUCAAAGAGUUUGUCAGAUGCACAAUCAAACUACUCAAACAUCGAGCGAGAGACAUUGGCACUUGUUUUUGGGAUCACACGUUUCCAUUCAUAUCUGUUUGGUAACCAGUUCACAGUCUACACUGACCACAAACCACUCGAAACGAUCUGUAGAAAGCCCCUGGGGAGUGCGCCUCCAAGAUUACAGAGGCUUCUCGUCAAAAUACAGGGCUAUGAUUGUGAUAUCCUAUACAAGCCCGGAAGUCAGAUGACAUUACCAGACACACUCAGUAGGUUGCCAAACCCCAGAAAGAGAGGAGACGUCAUCGUUGAGCUCCAUGUAGAUGAAGUCAUGGAAUUAGAAGAGAAUCAUGACAAUGAUCUGGCAAGCUUCACACCUAUGAAGCAGACACAGCUGCAGAGAGAGACAGCAAGCGAUCCGAACUUGAAGCAGCUGAGUAGAAUUAUUCACGAUGGAUGGCCAGACGUGAUUAAGCAGGUUCCAAGCAGCUCAAGGAUUCACUGGUCAUACCGAGAGGAACUGGGUGUCGCCAACGGCAUUAUCUUCAAAGGAAGACAGGUGUUGAUACCUUCAACACUGCAAUCAGACAUCCUGGAGCAGCUACACACGAGUCAUAUGGGUAUAGAGAGAACUCGUAGACUAGCAAGGGACACGGUAUACUGGCCAGGCAUCAAUAAGGAUAUUGAAAACCUUGUCAAGACUUGCCCUGCUUGCCAGGAGAACCAAGAUCGGCAACAAAGGGAACCACUACAACCGCACGAAGUUCCAAUGACGCCAUGGACAAAGGUAGCCACAGACCUGUUUUUUCUUGAUGGAACUGAAUACUUACUCAUUACUGACUAUCAUUCCAAGUUCCCUGUGAUCAGGAAAAUGCACAGCACCACAAGUGCUUCAGUUGCUACCGUAAUGAAAGAAACCUUCAGCCUCCUGGGAGUGCCCUCCGAAGUUAUAUCUGAUAACGGACCCCAGUUCAUUGGAAAAGCUUUCAAAGACAUGUGUGAGUCAUGGAACAUCAAGCACACCACCUCAUCGCCGAGAUAUCCGCGCUCCAAUGGCCUAGCUGAGCGGAUGGUACGCACCAUAAAGUCGAUGAUUAAGAAGUGCAAACAGACAGGACAAGAUGUCCAAAAGGCACUUCUCCACCUUCGAGCAACGCCUCAAUCAGACCUGCCAUCUCCUGCCGAAAUGAUGUUUGGGAGGCAAAUGAAGACAACCCUUCCAGGUCGCCAUGAUCAUGACAGACAGAUGAGCGAUGUCCACGACCAGCUCCAGCGAAGGCGGGAUGUGAUGAAGACCGACCAUGACAGACAUGCCGGUCGGGUACUGUCCCUCCUGAAGGUCGGCCAGAAAGUCAGAACUUUGCAUCCAGACGACAAUACAUGGCUGCCGGCUGAGGUUUCAAGAGUUUGCCCAGAACCAAGAUCAUAUGAAGUGACAACACCAAAUGGCAGGGUGUUAAGGAGAAACAGGUCCCAUCUGCGAGAGAUGCCGAUACAAAUAGAGACGGCAACAGCACCCACACCAGGGACAGAGCAUCUUCCAAGAGAGGAUGGUGACAACUGCACAACACCCGCAGGAACACAGGAUUUCGAUGGUUCAAUCCCUCGUUCUGAUUCUUUUGCCUAUGUCACAAGAUAUGGUCGCAAGGUACUUACUGGGUCCGCAAGCUAUUUCUCCACACUUUUUAUAUAUUCAGCCGACUUCGUCUCUGUGAUCAACAUCCUUCUCGCCGCCGUACAUCAAUUCAUUACCAUCCGGGUGGACCCGUUUGGUGCCCAUGGCAUCAUUACCACACCCCGUAUCAUCGCUGCCUGCGUCACCACAUGGCUGCUUUGCAUACCAAUAGCAUACCCCAUCUGGAUCAUGAAAGACCUAUUCGCUUUCUACAUCUCCGCAGUCUCCACCGACGUCGUGCUCCUACUCAUCACUGGCCUCUUCUAUCUCUUUGUCUAUACUACCGUCUCCAAAGGCCCACCUGGUGUCAAGUUUUCAGAACAGAGGAAACUCGAAAACAGAAAACAUAGGAACUAUGUCAAACUCGCUGGUAUAUUGGUGGCGACUUAA